GCCUUAUUCACCUAGGUAACUUUGGGCGGCGACGGAUUACAGAUUACAUAUCUGCAUCGUAUUAUACUGCCUAACGUGGGAAAGGGUGGUUAAGGAUGGGGUCGACAGGGGCCGAAGGCAAAACGGGAAAUAAAUGGCGUUUUGGCGACUUCAGCUUUUGACAACCUACCUAGCACCUUUUAGCACCCGGAUGAAAUCCCAUACCAGUGGAAGCGAGCACGAGAGAGACAAGGGGUAAAGAAAAAGUAAAAGAAAAGAACCGUGCUUGGCUGCAACCCAACCCAAAAAGACCUCUCUCCAUAGGUACUUGUCUAUGUACCUACUUACCUACACACCAUGCAGCAAAGCUGCGCCUGGCUGGCGGUGCUGGUGCUUAGUGACGCUGUCGCUGCUAGUGGUGCAGUUGCUGCUUGCUUCUGCUUCUGCUUCUGCUUUAUGCAAUGCAAGAACCUACUGCGCUGCGCUCUCAUCACAUUCCUUCUUACCCAAACGAGCCUGACUCCCUUACCUCAUUGGGUAGGGGACGCGGGCUUACGGGCCUCCCCCCGUUUUGUUGCCCCCCCUCGUCCCAUCCCACUGGAUAGACAGGGCCAGGGCUGCGCAUGCGGGUUGCGUGAUGACGAGCCGCUUACGAACAGGCGGGCGAGCCAAUGGCGCACGGUCCCAGUCCUGCAAGACCCCCGUGAGCUACCGUACCAUGCUGUCGGGUCCUGCAGCCCGGUUGAUGCGUCCCAAGUUUUUCUUCCUUCGCUUGUUCCCUCCAUGACCCCCUCCUUCUUCUUCUUCCCCUACGCAUCCUCACCCGAACCAGCUCCCCUUGCCAUACUCUCACUUUCUCCCCUGGCGUUGGCGAGGAUGACGUGAGCGCUUGGGACGCGGGGGUAGAAGUUUAAACGAGCGCCCCUCGAGAGUAUUAGAUGGGGGGCGGCAAUGGUUCACAACAGUUCGCGCUAUUGCGUCCCGUGGCUGGCUGGCUGGCUGGGCUGUUGGAGCUGUUUCCUCAGUGGAAGAAGCUGCAUGAUCGAUCGGCCGUCGGUAGCACAUACAUACCUACUCUAGUAUGCGGCUUUUGCUUUUCGCGGGAUGACAAUCUACAUGUGCGAAAAUGAGCUGCAUAAAAAGGGUUUGGUUGGUAGGUAUUUGAUGCC